CAUGAUGAGAUGGCCUCCACACCCGGACCGGACCAGAUCCAUGCACGCCCAGCUAAAGUCCACAGUCCACGCCUACGGAGACAACUGCACGUGGCCCACCUCCAUUCGUCCCGCUUUGCAUGUCUUCGGGCAUCAUUGGAUACUAAACGCCCCCCACACUAGACUCCCCCCACGCCCAUCGAGGCAAAGGCAUCUCUGACCGUCAUUUUUCAAAAACCCUUCAUCGUGCGGUCCCCCGUUCCCCUUUGAAUCUGUGAUUUAUACACACACAUAUCAUACCGUACGUAGUCCUUACCUCACCUCCACCGUAUACUAUACUCUAUACUGCAUACUAUAUCUAUACAGUACGCCUCUCCCUCUGUCUCUCUCUCGCUCUCUUUAAAGCCACAGAAAAUGUCCAGCCUCUUUUCUUUUCCCCCAUCAACAAUGGUGGCAUUGUCCUCUCUCCUCCCUCUCCUCCUCCUAUUCUUCACUUCUGCAGAUCUCUGCUCCACCCAGCCCGUCAGAGGAAACGCUACCGGCGCCGGCGCCGGCCAGACGACUGCCGAGUACUUGAGGCUCCCAUUGCUCCACAAAAUCCGACACACCACCCCAUCCGAAGCUCUCUCCCUCGACGCCCACCGUCUUUCCGUCCUCUUCUCGGUGCUCCACCCCCACCGGGCUUUCAAAUCCCCGAUUGUCUCCGGCGCCUCCGCCGGCUCCGGCCAGUACUUCGUCGAGCUCAAGCUCGGAACCCCGCCUCAGAGCCUCCUCCUAGUAGCCGACACCGGCAGCGAUCUCAUCUGGGUCAAGUGCUCCGCCUGCCGCAAUUGCUCCGCCCACCAACCCGGAUCCGCCUUCUUGGCCCGCCAUUCGACCACAUUCUCCCCCAGUCACUGCUACGACUCGGAGUGUCGACUCGUUCCCCACCCGAAACGCGGCCGUUGCAGCCACACCCGCCUCCACAGCCCCUGCCGCUUCGAGUACUCCUACGUCGAUAGGUCCCGCACCGCCGGGUUCUUUUCCAAAGAAACGACGACGUUGAACACUAGCUCCGGCAAAGAAGCUCAUCUGAACAAGCUCGCUUUCGGGUGCGCGUUUCAGAUUUCGGGUCCCAGCGUUACGGGUUCGAGCUUCAACGGAGCACAUGGAGUGAUGGGUUUGGGUCGAGGCCCCAUUUCGUUUGCUUCCCAGCUGGGUCAUCGGUUCGGGAACAAGUUCUCCUACUGUCUCAUGGAUUACACCCUCUCUCCACCGCCCACUAGCUACCUCUUGAUCGGUGGGUCCCAACGGCCCAUCACCGUUGGAUCAAGAACGACCUUCACGCCUUUACUGAUCAAUCCUGUGUCUCCCACAUUCUACUAUAUCGGCGUCGUGGGGGUUUUCGUCGACGGCUUGAAAUUACGAAUAAACCCUUCGGUUUGGGGCUUCGACGACCUAGGCAACGGCGGGACCAUCGUGGAUUCGGGUACGACCCUGACCUUUUUACCCGCCCCGGCCUACCGGCGGAUCUUGGCGGCAUUUAAACGGCGUGUGAAGUUACCCAGUCCCGGCGCGCCAACUCAGGGCUUCAAUUUAUGCGUGAACGUGUCGGGCAUUGUGAAACCGAGUCUGCCCCGGCUGAGUUUCGAACUCGCCGGCAAGUCGAUGUUCUCUCCUCCGGCGAGGAACUAUUUCAUCGACACGGAACAAGGCGUGAAGUGUCUGGCGAUUCAGCCGGUGAGCUCGCCGUCGGGGAUGUCGGUGAUAGGGAAUCUGAUGCAACAGGGUUUCCUGUUUGAGUUCGAUACAGAUCGGUUGCGACUCGGUUUUUCGCGGCGGGGGUGUGGUCGCCCGUGACCACGACUCAUUGAGUUGAGUUUGAACUCACCUUGAUUUUUUAAAAUAUAUAAUAUUAAUAUUAUAAUGCUGGUUACUGGGCACGUACAAUUGAUUAUUUUUUGGACAUUUGUUUUUUGUGUGAUUUUAUAUGUUUAUUUAUGAAUGCUUUUUUUUUUUUUUUGGGUUCUCGACAGUGAAGUGUUGUUUGCGAGGAAGAGGGUGAGAUUUGAGAAUGAGAUAUUUUGUUGGUUUUUGCCA